UUCGCUCGCGAACUAGCAAGACUCUCCGGAACUACUGGAAGCGCAACAAUCUGACAGUUAGGGUAGUGUAGAACUAUAUUAGCAGAUGAAGACGUGAAAUCAGCUCGCGCGGUUAUCAUUCCAGGAGACACGUUACUCCCAUACUUUCAUUGGAAAAAGAACUAGAAAAGAAUUAGAGAAGAAACUGUGGAACUCGUAUCCGUUAAAUUGAAGAUCGUGUCUUGCGUUAUGGAACAAAUGCUCACAAUCAUCCUAUCUACUCUGACACUUAUUCUAACAGCAUCAAUUGCAGCAGCUGAAAAUUCAGGCGCAGCAGAAGGGUCAAACGCUCAAGCGAUCAGCGGCGACAGCGGCAGCAGCGGCGGCGUAGGUUCCGAUAAAUUACUGCUUGUGCGGCGCUACGUUCCACGUUUUGUUGGAAAACGAGAUCCAGAAGAUGCCGAAAUUGACAAUGUAAAUGUUGAAAAUUUAGACAAUCCAACAGGCAAAGAGUUGAGCUCCUUAAAGGACUUGGAAGAAUAUUUGUUAGAAUAUUAUGAUGAUUUAAAUUUAAGUGAUUUAGAUUCAGAAAACAUAAACGAGGAUUCGCUCACUGAAUCUGGUCUAGGAAAUUUUGAAACUACUAAUACCGAAGAAUAUCAAAAUGAGAAAACUGAAGAUGAGGACAUUUUAUUAGACUCUCAGGAUGAAAAACGAUACGUGCCCUCUUUUGUAGGGAAACGAUAUAGAACAUUCGAUGAUGGGCAGGAUUACACCAUUUCUACGGAGAAACGAUAUCAACCCAGGUUUGUAGGAAAACGGUACCGUCCUAUGUUUGUAGGAAAAAGAUACCAGCCUAAAUUUAUUGGAAAGCGGUAUACACCAAGGUUUAUUGGGAAAAGGUACACACCUAGAUUCAUAGGAAAGCGGUAUACACCAAGAUUUGUCGGCAAGCGUUACACACCAAAGUUUAUCGGAAAGCGGUACACCCCGAAAUUCAUUGGGAAACGGUACACACCAAAAUUCAUCGGGAAACGUUUUCAGCCAAUCUUUGUCGGCAAAAAGUUUGCCCCAGCAACACCGUUUCUAGAGAAAAGAUAUAAGCCAUUUUUCGUUGGGAAAAGAGACGAAGAUCAAAUGAAAAAUGAAAACAAUCAUGUGGAGAAAAGAUCAGUUUCAAAUACAAAUGAUGAAGUGAACGAAGCUCAAGGAAACACUGACAGAAGUAAAAGGAGAAAGCGUUCUCUAUCGGACACUAACGAAGAAAGUUUGAAACGGGCAUGGGGUACAUAUAUUCCUUUGAAAAGCAGCAUACAACCGGAUUAUAGGUCAUCAGGUGCACAACCGUCUUAUCUGGAGAAACGAUUUGUUGCACCCGAGUUCAUUGGUCGGCGAGAUUCGCUUUCUACUAUACUGUCAGCACUGGACGCGUUGCAGUUCGCUCGCAGUGAGCCACGCUCAACAUCCAAACGUUUCGAAGCACCGCUAUUCAUUGGUAAAAGAGGACCUACCCGACCUAUGUUUAUUGGAAAAAGAAACCAAGCUUAUACUGGAGAAAUGAAAUCGCCGAACGGGUAUGGCUACAAUGAUAUCAUGCCUGGAAUCUCAGAAAUCAAAAUGGAUGCCUACGAAAGUAUUCCAGAUGAAUUCAGUCCAUUCAGAGACAUUUAUCCGUAUAGUUAUGGAUUAUAAGGCAGUAUAAACUAUAGAACAAAUAAAAUAAAAACAUCGUUUAUAUGCGGGCAUCACGUGUAGAUAUGUUUGAUGAAAUAUUUGAUUUCAUAAUAGUUACAACUCAGAAGAAACCACGCAGUUAUUUCUUUACAAGAGAUCUUUUAUAGACUAAACGGAAGAAAACUGUUUUGUUUUGUAUAAUUUUUAUUUAAGCUGGUAAAGUUUAUUUGAAGCAAACUACUGAUUAGGUUGACAAAGAAGAAAAAUAAAACGUUCAGAAAAUGAUUAUUUUGUAGAAGCAGCAUUAAUGCCGUUUAGUCAAUAAUAGAUGCUAAAUGGUGCAAUACUACACGAGGAUGACAUAAUUACAUAUAGUAAUUCCUUUACAAUCAUUCUUCAAAUCUACAUAGAUGAACUGCACGUCAAUGAAUAAGGCAGCUUUUUAAAGUAAUAUGUGAAUUUCGAGACAGUUAUAUCUUGUUUGUUAACAGAACAUAAUGUAAAUUUGUAAUAAUUGAUUUACCAGACAAAUUUGUAUAAGUUAAGUAAAGUGGCUUACAGACAUUGACAGUGAUUAAAAAGUUAAGUUUAA